AUGACCGACCUAACACCCACCCUUAACAAACUGCUUUCAAAGCAAGGCUCGUCUCUCCCCAAAAUCAGGAAACCCUGCACGGAAACCGCCGACGAAUUCCUAAAGGAGGCAUACCGAAUUAACUCACAUAUCCACUCCCUCCUUCAAUAUCUUCAAUCAAUCCGGCACGCCUACCUCUCAACAACCCAACCCCAACACCGCAAUACAAACACAAGAGCACCAACCCCAAACCUAAAGAAUGCACCCCCAACCCCCAACCCCCAAACAAACCUCACAGAUCCCGAACGCGAUGCAGUCGACACAUCAACAGCCCUCCUCCUCCGCGACCUAGCAACCUCAAUCGCAAACCUCUCAUCCGCCGAAUCCCUCCGCCAAGAAACAACCUCCACCCUCCUCCACAAGAAAUACGGCCACUCCGCCGCCGGCGCCCUCCUGCGCCGCUGGGCAGGCGGCAGCGGCGCACUAGACAGCGCCAGCGCCGAUGAAGGCAAAUCCGCCGAGCAGAUCCACGCCGAGGAGAGCGCAAGGUCAUUAGCCACGAUCCGCGAAAGCGUACUCUGGUUCUUGAGACGCGGUCUUGAGAGCGCCGUCGGUGAGCAGCGGAGGAUGGUCGAGAAGCGGAUUGAGAGGGUGCGGGAGAAGGAGAAGAGCGUGCUUUACAAAGCCAGUGCGGGGAGGGCUGCUGGGAACGCGGCGCGGAAGGGAUCCGUUUCUGUGGAGAGAACUGGGGCUGGUGGGUUUGACCCUACUUUCCAGGCGCCUGAUGCGGUGGCUUUGAGUGAGGCCGAUACGGCGCGGAUCGAGGCGCAGCUUUCGCCGGAGCAGUUGCAGCUUUUUGCUGAGGAGAAUGAUUCUAUGCUUAGACAUUAUGAGGAUACGCUGGGAAAGGUCCAAAAUGCCGAGAAAUCUCUCCUGGAGAUUUCUUCUUUGCAGGAAACGUUGGUCUCGCAUUUGGCUACGCAGGAGGAGUAUAUUUCUCAGCUUGUUUCAGAUGUGGAUACGACGCAGACGAAUGUUGGGCAGGGAAAUCGGGAGUUGAAGCGUGCUACUGAGCGACGGAGUACGGCUCAGGCUGUUUUCUGGGGUACUGUUGGGUUGUGUACCUGGCUUGUGGUUUGGGAUUUGGUCUUUUAG